AUGGAUAAAGUGAAAAAUCAAAAUCUAAUCCAAAAGACCAAAAUUGAGUUGCUUUUGUUACAACAACCACAGCAGCAGCAGCAUCUCAUUCAACUCCCAACAGCCGUUAGAAUGUCAUUUUCAGUGUUGAAUUGUUACGGUGCUAUCUCUCUUUCUACUCCCAACAAUUUCUGUUUUCCAAUUCCCAAUUUCAAUCGUAGUCGAUUUAACUCUCAAGCUCAUUCCAAUUCCCAAUUUCAUCAAAAUCACAAUCUUGUUGUUGAUGUUGAUGAUACUAAUGCUAUUUCUUCAUUCAAUCGAAUGCUAUAUAUCAAUCCUACCCCAUCCAUAUUCCAAUUUAACAAGAUAUUAACUUCCCUUGCUAAGAUCAACAAUUACACUACUGUUAUUUCAUUUUCUCAACAAAUGGAACUCAAAGGAAUUCAAACUGACAUCGUUACUUUGAACAUCUUGCUCAAUUGUUUCUGCCACCUUAGUCAACUUAAUUUUGCAUUUUCUGUAUUAGCAAAAAUUCUCAAGCUAGGUUAUCAGCCUGAUACGAUAACAAUGAACACACUUAUGAAAGGCAUGUGUCUUAGUGGUCAGGUUAUUAAAGCUUUGGAUUUUCAUGACGAUGUUAUAUCAAAGGGAUUUCAGCUUGAUCAAAUUAGUUAUGGAAUCUUGAUUGAUGGCUUAUGUAAAAAAGGAGAAACAACAGCUGCCCUGCAGUUGCUUAGAAGGAUUGAAGAGUUAAUGGUUGAACCAAGCGUGGUAAUGUACAACACAGUCAUUAAUAGUCUUUGCGAGGAUAAACUUAAGCUGUUGGUUUGUUAA